AUGUCGUCCGCAACCGAGUCGCUUCGCUGGGUCAAGUACGACAACGUGCACUACGCCUCGCUGGUUGUGCCGGACGACGACGCACCUAUGCCAGUAGAGAGUGGCCAUGUGUUUGUGUACUUUCUUGGCAGCGAGAGCGGCGCCGUCGUGCCGAUUGGCGACACUUCUCCGUACGAUCCGCACGACACGUCACGGACGAGUCAUCCAGCCGCUGCGGCGGGUGUUCUUGUGGCGCAGCAAAUCAUCGCAGGGGCAGAGACGGCGGCCCAGGAAGACGCAGCAAAGGAAUACGCGGAGGCGACAGCGAGGGACAGCCCAAAGACGAAGGGGAAGGGUGGCCGAACGAUACAUUAUCACAGAGAGGCUCCACUCGCCGUGGGCGGGAGUUCGGAAGAAGAGGAGGAUAUGGUGUUGGGGGCAAUGUUGUCCAUGGAGACUAAUAAACGGAAUGAAAGGCAACAGAAGGACAAUGAUGACGAGGAGGAAGAGAAUGCUGUGUUGCAGAUUCAGUCUCAAAGAGGAGGCCAGAAGGAUCAUAUUGAAGAUGCGGAGGAGGAAGAGGACGACAGCAUAACAGGCAGCAGUGAUGUGGUGAACAAGGAGGAGGAAGAGCAGCGAAGUCGUUGGAGGGAUAUGGCGGAGGAUCUUAACAUCACGGCACCAUCACGCAGUAGUGGAGGCAGAGGCAGCCAUGCCAGAAGCAGUAAUAAGCGACAGGCAGAUAUAUACCCCGCCUCAUUGGAUGGCGGUUCUAUUGUGGGACCUUUUCUUGCGGAGAUACGUCAUUACUACCGCGUGGCACUUACAGAGGCGGUGGAUAGUGAUCGUAUUGUGAAUCUGCAGGAAUUGGAGCUUGUUCGCCUGGUGGAGAGUCAGCUGCUUCAGUGGCGUGGCGAAGUGGCAUACGUCCAGCAACUUUUACAGGACGUGGAGGCGGAGUACCGUGCGGUUGCUGCUGAGUCCACAAGGGAUGCGCAUGACAAUGGCGUUGCACAGCUUGAGGAGGAGGCAGCAGCUUUGCGUAGUCAUCUGGAGCGCCUUCAGUCGUCGUUUGAGAUUGAAGAAAUCGUUAAGAAGCACCUUCAUCUUCAGGACAAGCCGCCCGAGCGGCGUGAACGCAGGCGUACGGGGACUUUUGCUGCAGGCAACGUCUUUACUUUCACUGACGCAUCUCUGGCGUUUGUUUUAGAUGUGCAAGCCUCUACUGCAAUGCCACGCGAGUUGACGCAUCAGUUGGCACGCCGCUACCGUGAACAGCGGCUACGCCGUGAGCGACUUCUCGCUUCGCAGCACGGACUUGGAAAAAUCGGGUUCACCUCUUCAGUGGCAUGUGUGAUGGAGAAAUGGAGGCGGUCUCGUGAGUUGAUCGUGCUUGACCCGCGUCGUGAGAGCCAACCCGUGUCACGUCGCUAUUCCGAGAGCCUUGCCAAGGUGGAACGGCAUGCCCUAAAAUGUCUUUCUGCGACGAAGGGUUCUGCGAGCCAGUUGGCCUCCCUGUACCGCACGCAGCAAGAGCAACAGCAACAGCAACAAGCACAACGCAUGUCGAAGAAUAUCUACAACUUUCAUGAGUUUCACGAAGAGGAGCAGCAGAUGACGUCCAUGUAUCAGGCGAGCAGCAGCCACCCGUAUAUGUUAGGCAUUGGAAUGCCCAACGACGCCGAUGAUGCCGCGGACACGUUCCAGGCCCCACUUGUCUCGCCGCUGCGAACAAGCUUUGAUCCACGUGCGACCUUUGCGGUGGACGUUGGGGAGAUCAAGCAAGGAAAUACGCUUGCAGAGCAGCUCGCGAUGCAGAGUAUGCAGUACAGCCACAGUAUUCACCUCCCCUCUCAGGAAUUGGUAUGGGAAAGCAGUGAGGCCUACGACGGUGGGCGGAGAAGGCGCACUGGGCGAUCGACCAGCCGUGCUGGAUCUACGUCUCGAGCGUCGUCACGGGUCUCCUCCGUGGCGCGUGAUCACAAUGACGAUACUUUAAGCAAUACUAACACCAAUGCUACUACCACUAAUAAUAAUAAUAAUGUGAAAACCGGCAGUGAGCGACGCGCACGAAAUGAUUGGCGUGCCUCAGCGAAGCGGGCCAUACUUGAGCAGCUAACACUGUACCUGCGCGGUAUCCGCGGGAAACCCUCACUGCUCAGCAAGGAUCAGUUUCAGCUCAUUGCGAAGAAACUCCUUGAGCGAGCCGUGCGAAGUGAGUCGGAGCGUACUGGUCUUUCCAUGUCACUUCAGGCCAACAACGCGAACGCCCAGUUUACAAAGGAAAUCGAGGCCCGUCUGCGCAAGUCUGUGGAUAACUAUAUCAUGCGCCACUUUGUGAAUGCUCGUACCCCUGAGCCACAAAAGAGAAGCCGAGGCGGUGACGCAAGAACGACCUCUAUAGAUCAGUGGGCGGCGUCUGCUCGUGAGACGACACAGAGACAGGAGGAUGAAGACGAGACGCGUUCUCUUAUGGGCGCAUAUCCGCAUUCAAACAACUCACCAGUUUACGACGAAUGGUAA